AUGAAGACAUCUCCGAAGUUCAUUCUCUACCUGACAUGUUUCUUCUUGGGGAAAAUGGUUCAGAUGCAUCAUUUUAUCUUGACUGCUCAAGACAGCGUAUUUAAAUCAGUUGAUGUUGGAGACAGCUUGACUUUGCAGUGUUUCUUUGAGAGGGAUGACCAUAGAAUUUAUUGGUACAAACACAAACCAGGACAGAAACCUCGAAUUAUCUCAAUGACGUACAAAUUCUCUAAAGAUUUUCCGUUAUUGAAUGAAUUCAAGAACAAUUCCCGCUUCACUGUGGAAACUAUUGAUGAUAAGAGUCACCUAAAAAUCUCAGAUUUGCAGCUUUCAGACACAGCUACUUACUACUGUUCAAAGAGUAAUAAAUUUAAGUUUGAGUGUAUGCAGAGCGUCACUGUCAGUGUGAAAGGUUCAGGGUCUAACAUCCAGGCUGUGGUGCAUCAGUCUGAGAGCAUCCAGACAGGAGGCUCAGUGACUCUCAGCUGUACAGUUCACACUGGGACCUGUGAUGGAGAACACAGUGUUAACUGGUUCAAGAGCUCUGAAGAACCUCAGCCAGGACUCAUCUACACCCACGGAGACAGGAACCAUCAGUGUGAGAGGAAACCAGACAAUCAGACACACACCUGUGUCUACAACUUGUCAAUGGAGAGACUUAACAGUUCUCAUGCUGGGACCUACUACUGUGCUGUCGCUGCAUGUGGACACAUUGUGUUUGGAGACGGGACCAAGUUGGAGUUUGAUGGUGAAGACGGGACCAAACAUUUGGUAAAAUACAUAUAUCAGCAAAAUUUUUUUAUCAGAAGCCAUCUUGAUGUACUUAUAUGUUGUUUCUAG